GCUAUGACGUCUCUCUAUCUCUCUCCCUACACUCCUUAACCGAAACGGCAUGCACUUUUCUUCCUUGUCGAACUUGCUUUCUCCAUUCCUUCACGACAGCAUGAAAUAACUCAUCACAAUCUGGCAUUCUGAUGUUUGACCAAACCCAAAAACGGUUAAAAAUAAAAGGAUAAAAUAGUCUUUUUCCUCCUCUUUCCUCCACAUUCUUCUUGUUUUUUCCUCCUUUUUUUUCUGGUAUAUGAACAAAGUUCUGAGCUGUGACCAGCAUUAGACCAACAACAGUCUUUUAACCUUCUUUGACUUCUCUCUCUAUCUCUUGUUGUCUUUUCUUUUUAUCUUCUUUUGGGUUCUGAAACCAGCAUUCGCCUUCACUAGCUGCCUCGGCUUGCUCUUCAGGUCAGAGGCCAAAAAAGAAACAGGUGUAAAUCAAGGCCUGUUCUGUCAGAGAAAAACUUACAUAUGAAUAACCAAGGAAGUCAAAACGUUGCAACAUGCAAGCCCGUCACAACAUUCGUCCACACAGACACCAACACUUUCAGAGAAAUCGUGCAGCGCUUGACAGGUCCAUCAGAGAACAAUGCUGCAGCAGCAGUACCAGAAGCAACAGCGGUUAAAUCCGCCACACAACAAAAGAAGCCGACGACUUCUAAACUCCAUGAGAGAAGGCAAUGUAUGAUGAGGCCAAAGCUUGAAAUUGUCAAACCUCCUCUGAGCUUUAAGCCCAGUGGUACGACACCAUCAUCUAAAUCUGGUAAUACCAACCUUUUAGCAAGUCCGGUGGGCACCCCUUCUUCAUUGCUCUCUAACCUGUCCUUGAUAGAAGGGGAUAAAGCAGACCCAGAUACAGAAGAAGAAGAAGAGAAAGCCAUUAAGGAGAGACGUUUCUACUUGCACCCAUCGCCAAGGUCUAAACCAGGGUAUACAGAACCAGAGUUGCUUACUUUGUUCCCUUUAACAUCUCCCAAUUCCAGUGGCAGACCAUAAAUAUUCGACAUGAGUAAAAUCAUAAGCUUGUUCUCUCUACCUACUACCCCAAAGGCCAUGUGCAUGUAACAUUAUCUCAAUCAAGAUUUGUCUCUGUAACGUUCCAUUGUAGGUGUUGGAUUUCCCUCCUUAAGCCCAAAACUAAUCAAAUCAUAAUCAAGCCUUAGUCCAAGAAGAAGAAACAUCUA